UGAGCCACCCAGGCACCAUGAUAUCUUUUUUUUUUUUUCCCAAGGAGUAUUUUAAUAAUCAAGAUUACCUUGUGAGCCUAAAAGAUGAAUUUUCCAAGCAUUAGCUCCUCAUCCUUUUUAGGGCUUAAAUCACAAAACAGCACCCAAUGGUAAUUGUUACUUUUCUUCCCAGUGGGCAAUUACUGUUGAUGAACAACAAUGAUAAUAUUAAUAAUACUCUAUACCUCACUCCAAGCAACUGAAGACAUUUCAGUUACAUUAAUAUCAAUUCAUCAAGCCUGCAAGGAAGGGAGGGGAGGAUAUUAUUUUAAUGAAGAAUGUACUCUGGAACCAUGACCUGUCCAAACAAAAACCAGCUGAGGUGGACCAAGCAAGGAUGUGCUUCUAUUAUCAGGUGGGAAAACAACCUUAGUCAGGAGUUUAUUGGACAUCUGUUGGGAUAUUCCUUCGGAGUUGACUCAGCAUUUAAAUUUCAAAGGGCUGAUGUAUUGAAAAUUGUCUCCAUUCCACAAAUAAUAUUUAUCAGGUGACUUGGGGGUAUAAAUCUCUUUCCUAGAAGCUAUAAUCAUUGACUUAAAUUCAACUUUACACGUUGAUUUUCUGUUUCUCAAUUUGGAGGUAAACAGAAUGAGUCAUGCUGGUACCUAGAAUCUUCGGUCUUGCUGCUGCCCAUUGGUCAUUGCAGAAAAGUCACAUGAUGAAGAUGCCUUUUAAAUAAAGGUACUGGCAGCCCUGCAUUCCCUAAGUUCCUUUGGCUUUUGGUUGUGAGUGCCUCUGCUCAGCAAGCUUUCCAUCAUGAUUGAGCCCUUCUUGGGAACCUGGAAGAUGAUCUCCAGUGAAAACUUUGAGGAAUACAUGAAACAAUUGGGGAUGAGCACAGCAGCCCGGAACCUCGCGGGGUUAGCAAAGCCAAGAAUCAGUAUAAGUGCCAAUGGGGAUGAAGUGAACAUCAAAACAGAAAGUUCCUUCAAGAACACUGAGAUCUCCUUCAAACUGGGGGAAGAGUUUGAUGAAACCACAGCGGACAACAGACAAGUAAAGAGCAUCAUAACAUUAAACAAUGGCGCAAUGAUUCAUGUCCAAAAAUGGCUUGGCAAAGAGACAACAAUCAAAAGACAAAUUGUAGAUGGAAAAAUGGUAGUGGAAUAUAUCAUGAAUAAAACUGUGAGCACUCGAAUUUAUGAAAAGGUAUGAAGGAAGUGUCUACAUCAGUGGAAACUUGUUCACUAACAGGAUGCUGGGACUUAAAGAAGAUAUGCCUCAGGGCCGGUGAUUUAAAAAUUGUCCAACAUAAAUUUGCUCAAUAAAACCAACAAGUUAAG